GGCUAAUUUAUGGUUAUUUAUUUAUGUGGACCAUUGCGUGUCCUCCGUGCUCGAUUUUUAAUGUAUUUAUUUAUUUAUUGUCUACAAAGCUCAUACUUAAGUACGGGAGAUUAGGGUAAGCUGAAUGCGGUAGUAUGGGCUCGUAGGUUUGGAGAGUUGCAGUAGCACGAUGCGGCAGCGGGAAGAAAAUGGCCCUGGUCAACCUCGAAAAAAUGUAAACAAUGUGGGUCAAAUCCGUCCUACGCCUAAUGUUUCAGGAGGGAGCGUGUCCUGGCAUCAGUCCACCGGUGGAAUCAAGGGCUCCCUUGCUGGGUCUCCGAACAAGGCAUGGCAAUCGCAGACUGCCUUCCUUAAAGGAAAAACACCUUCUGCAUUUAUUCGGCGGACAGACCAGCAAUGUGCCGCCCGCCGGCAAACAUGGAACGCACCACUGGGUGGACCUCAUGGGGGAACUGACCGCCCUCCCAAGGUUCCCUCAUACAACCUGCAAGCUCAUGAACAAGUAACUAUGACAACUGAGACAAACACUAAUGUCCCCAAUAACGCUCACGGCAUGACAUUAAUACCAGUCAAGAGCCAAGAGGAGACUAGUACCGUAGCCAUCCUAAUGGACUGCCUCCCAACGCCAUCAACGCCUGCUGACAAUUCCUACCUGACGGCAUACGGCUUUGCUCAUGCCACAGGCAAGCAGCAAUUUACAGGCCGUGUAGCAAAGCUGCGGUCUGAUCGCGAAAAAGAAGAUGCGGAACUGCGCAUAGCUCUCAGCCAAAUGAUUGAUGUUGAUCUCAAUACCAUGCCGCUGGAGCACGGCCUUGGCCGCCUCGACGCCUUAAUCCAGGAGGCUUUCUUUAACAUGCAGGAUCUCUGGCGCAGGGCACCUGGAUGCAUGAUGUCCGACGAAACUGAACCGUUUCUUGGCCCCUCGCAGAGCAAACUUACUUGUAGCAACGGAAAUUGCUCACGUGUUCCUCCAACAGUCGUGCAUGACCUGAAGCAAAUUGUGAGAGAAAAACGGAUUCUUACUUCGAAUACUCAGGAGCCAAAACACCUUUACCGAACGCCUCACGAGUCUCCUCUUUGGCAUGCCAAUGAAAUGAGUCACGCCGCCCUCAUCCCAGCUCUACAUGCAGCCGCACACAAACGUGCGCGAAGGCUCUGCUUCUACCUGGAUCAACAAGCCAAUGACUACAAGGAUGCAGAGACAAGAUGGCGCGCAAAUUUGUGUGCGCGCGAGUAUCAAAGGGGGCAUACUUCUCUUUGCCCUCCCCGCCAACCUGAAGGUACAAAACGUAACGAACGUACGUUUAGACACAGGGGGGAGUCGUGCUCAUCCCUUUUUUCUCUCGACUCUUUGCGGUCGACUGCUUCUGGCCACACAAUAACAUGUGUAGAAAGUGAUGAAGCGGGCAGCCUUGGAGCACCGACAAGAGCUCGCAAAGCACUACGUGAGGAAACCUCAGAGCAUGAACGUGUAAUGUCUGAAAUUUUAGCAUCCUCUGCUAAGGAGGCGCGUUUUGAGCGUGGCUCGAUUAAUGAAAGCGACCUACCACUUCCGCUCCCAAUAUCUGUUGUUGUGCAAGAAGACACGCGCCUCCGCGAAUCAGCCUUGAGUUGCCGUCACAUAUCCGAUCCACUUGCUGAAGAAGUUACUUCUUCGCAGAGCCGCCAAUGGUCUGACUUGGAGAAAUGCAUAUUUGUUGAUAAAUUUCUGCAGUAUCCCAAGAGCUUUGGAAAAAUUGCCGCUUUCUUCAUGCACAAGCGUGCGUGUGACUGUGCCCGGCUUUACUACGACACCAAGUAUGCUAUAAAUUACAAAGCACUGCUUCGUGAGCAUCAGCAAAGGCGUCGUGGCGUUCGAAUCUGCUGGGAUGUUACAGCCAAGGCUGUGCAAGUUUUUGGCGGUGAGUUACAAUAUGACCUUCAGCGCAAUCUUGUCUGCUUCCGCCUGCCGGCCGAUCAUCUCUCCAUUCAACCCAUUGGAAAGCAUGUGAUUGGAGGCCGACCAACACCCAAACCUCAACAAGAGCGAACUGCCAAUGGUCGUUCCAGUUGGGGAGGGCUUGAGACGUGUACAACUUUAGAACAACAUGCAAGUCUACACGCCUUGGCGCACAAGCAGAUUGCCGAGGGCAAUCUAAAGACCACGCUUAUAGGGCGUUGUGCCAGCACUCACACUGAUGAUAGAUUUGAAGCAUCACCUAGCGAACUUUUCUCUGCACCGAGGCAAUACUGUUCGCCCAUGUACACACCAGUCGUCUUCAAUGGCAAAUUUGUUGAAACUCAGACCACUCCCGAAGCAUUAGGAAAUUGCGACGAGAAUAAAGUUCAGCCGUCGGAAGCUCCUGAAGAGUGCCAAUUGGUGCCGAGAAGUAGUCGGGUGUAUUCUCGAUCAGGCAUCAAGCUAAUAAUAAGUGGAGAUAAAUUAUUACCAAGACCCUUGAAUACUAAAACCAAUAUUUCAGUCGUGCGUGUAGCCAGGACAAGAAGACUCCAAUCGGCGACGGUGGUCGAGCUCAGGCCUCUCCCUAACUCGAAUGGAAAGUCUGCAUUUCGACAUCUCGUAGGCCAAACGAAACAAAAAAUUAGACUAGAUCUUAAUCCUAUGAAGGUAGGCACGCAAGUGAAAAAUCAUUUCGCAAGCUACAAGAAUCGCAUUGGUCUAUUGAAUAUAUUUGCAUCUCACCGCGCUGACGGAGAAUCACAGGUAGAGCAAGACUUGUUUUCUACCUCUGUGGGUGGGCUCAGAGAUUGCAUAGAUGAUGGUAACAUGUCCCCUGAGCAUCAGCCUGAACAGCAGCCUGAGCAUCGCAACGUACUCGGGACUCUGAACGCCCGAACAUUCACUUAUGAUGAGAAUCACGGAAAGGCAUGUCUAUUCUUAACAAAUUCUCAUCCUAGCAGCGCCAAUUUCGAUCACGACAUGGGACAAUACGGUACCUGUCAACCUGCUCCCGCGGAGGAUGACUCCAAUAGAAUCUUGCUGCACAACUGGAGUCCUAUUUUAAACACAUAUAUCCAUAUUGGUGAUUUUUCUGCAUGGCGCUCUAUUCAAAAGGUCCGAUAUUCUUGUCUUCUGGCAGAUGUUGCGCAGUCCUGUCCUCUUAAUUACACCUCGUACCUGCCUGCGUGGUGGCCCAGCCAAAGCGAAGGAACGAGCUAGGACCGCACUCACGUCGAAACCCCAAUGAUGAAAUCAAAGUCCCCCUGCUUGCUGAAAAUUGUUGAUGCCCAAUGAAAUGGACUUGAUUCUAUUCACUUCAUUGAGGCGGCAUCGCAAAGACACCUGGCUGCCAGUAGAGUUGUUUCAAGCUGCAACUUGAAGAAUUCCAUGGGAAUCUAAUUGUGCUGCCGCCGCUUGUUCAGAGGAGCAUUCGAUUCGCCAAACGGAACGUUGAAUUUCUCGCGGCGCAACGUGCUGACGGAACGUCAUUACGCUUUGCUUCGGCAAAGUUUAACGCUUUGCACAGCAAAGUCGACGGCCUGUUCAAAUAUAUCAAGUAGCCUAGUUUUAGGUCCGAGUUGUCCUCAAGUAGGCUAGGCGGAGGUGCAGGAUCAUAAGAACCCCUAAUCUCGUC